CUCCCCCUUCUUUCAUCCUCUCAAAAAAAAAGUAUCCUAAAUAUAUUUCUGUGUACCAAAAACUCUCCCGCCGCACCCCACCUUCUACAUCACCCUCAAAUUUCGUACCACAAUAAGCCAUGUCUACCCCCACUACUCCCAACUUCGAGUACGUCCAAGGAUUAAUCGCUGAAUGGAAGCAGACCCCCAAUUCACAGGUCAAGUCCAAUAUGGAGGACGAAAUAGAGCGCGGAUUCGAAUCUCUCAUAGCAAGCACCAUUGAAACAAGGGAGCGUCUCCGGCAAGAGCUUGAGGAAGAGCGCCAGCUUAAUGCUCAGCUCCAUAGAGAGCUUGACAGCAGAAAUAUGUGAAUAACCAACAAAACAAAAUAAAUAGCC